UCUAAAAGUCCUACAAAAAUAACCCCCUUAUGUAACUCUAGAGAUAGUAGAUACGGAAUUUGGUGGCGUUGACCACCCAAAACAGUGCCAUUUUAAACGUUUACUGCUGACGUUUACAGAGGCUUCAAAUAGCUUCCGUUUUACACUGGUAGUGAUUGGACCCCGCGAGCUAAGAUAUUGGUUGAACAAGUCCGACAUUCUACACUUCAAUGGAGGAACAGCCCAGAGAUCGGGCACACGAAAGGCAAUACCACCACCGCGGAGAGGACAGGCAGCCUAUUCAACGCGUGACUUGUAUAAAACAUGAUCAGAGCCACUUCCAGCGCAAGCAUCAGGAAACGCAGACGAAGAAAACAGGCAAUAAAAAAGUGAACAUCGGUGAGAAGGGGGAGAAGAAUCCACAUCUGUCUGAUACUGUUGGCAUGUCGCAUCCCCCCAACGGCAAUUGUAACAGACACACAAGUAAUGCAAAUGUGAAGCAGAAGUCUAGGCAGAAGCUGCACACAACUGUUUCAAAACUGGGCAGCAAAGGAUUGAACCUGAAGAAGAGUACGGACCUUAAGAAAGACAAAAAAAAGGCUCUGGAUUUGAAUCAUCGUGAGGGCCAACCUAUGGAUAAGAAAGUCUCUGUUUUGCUUCAAAAUGGCAUUGUAAACUGUGGCUUAAUGACAAAUGGCUAUUCUAGCAAGGACAAUGAUGGCAGCGGCUCCGAAGGUGGAUAUACUACUCCGAAGAAACGCAAGGCCAGAUGCAACAACGCCAAGAACACUGAUCAUGUGAUGAGAGACAAGGAGAGAGACAUGCAGCAGGGCAGCAGUACUCAAGAGCACGGGGCUUUUAAUCUUGAGACGACAGAGAAGGGAGUGACUUCUCGGCUUGACGGCUUCAGAGCCACCCAUAAAGGAGAAGCUCAGUCGGCAGCUAGACGGGCUGCUGUGUCAGAAGCUGCGAUGGGUGAAUCUCAGCGGAAGAACUCGGAUGGCAAAAUAGUUGGCACCUUUGGUAAAAAAACUGAGGAAAGGCACAAAGCCAAGCUUUCCUCCCCUUCAAAAGAGGACUCGUGGACUUUGUUCAAGCCCCCGCCAGUAUUUCCUGUGGACAAUAGCAGUGCAAAAAUCGUUCCCAAGAUCAGUUAUGCAAGUAAAGUAAAAGAGAACCUCAACAAAGUAGCUCAAGGUGGAGGAGAGGCACUGCCUCCUCCUGUCAGACUGUCACAGGUCCCCAUGUCUGCUAUGAAAACUAUCACCUCAGCUAGCUUUACUAAUGGCCCUGUUUCUGGAAACGGGAAUGGCUGUCCAUCAGUGGGGACCUUCUUUGCUCCUGCUGCUAGUAGUAUUCCACUAUCCCCAUCUUUCCCAAGUGGCGAGAAUGUAGCAUCUCCUUUGGAAAGUAGCUGUAACUCUUCAACCAGUCCUGUAGACAGAGAAGCAUAUGAGCUAAGAAGAACUCUUUUAAUUUACCCUUUAAAUAUGCAACCUGUGCUCCCUAGUGCUCGUCACCUUGACCCACCGGCUGCUCAGACGAAUCGGAAAGCCCUGGGACAAAUCUUCCAGAAUCAGUGGGGGCUUUCCUUCAUAAAUGAGCCCAACAUGGGGUCAGACAGGGGAGGCGGCAAGGUGCCUGCAGUGGACAAGAUCGCUGUGGUCGCGCCUCCAAGCGAGUGUCGGGCUGUCGCCGCCAAAGCCGCCCAGCCCUGCUUUGACGUUGGCCCAUCGUUCUUGGAGCUUGGCACUUUCGCCCGAGACCCGGAGAAAAGGACUUGUGCCCCCUGCAAAGUGUCUAACGCUUGUUCUCCCGCUCGCGUGGCGAGUGAGGAGGAGAACAAGCGGCAGCCAUGUGGCCAGGUAAAGACGAAAGCGGAGGCCAAGGGUGCACGUUCUGCUGCGUUGGCUCGCACUAAAGCCAACGAUGCUCAGCCCGCACAGGGCCAGCUAACCACUGUGUUUGGCUCAUCUAAACAGGCCCACUCUAAAGACAUUGGCCGAAGGGGUAGCGGGCGGUCCUUUGAUAUUAAAGCUGCUGUCACUUAUCACACUAAAGAAAUGGAAUUCAUUUUUCACUUGCAAAAACAAGAUCCAAAAAGAGUAGUGGUUUAUGAUGAGACCCAGGAUGGACCUGAUCAGUGAGGUAGAUGGUUCUACAGUACUUGCCCUCUUCUCUUCUGUGUGCUGCGAUUAUCUACCUUGGGGAAUCUUAACUUCCUGUUGGACAGAAAGUGACAACUGUGAAAACAUUGAUAGUUUAGCAUGACAGAUUUUCUUUGGGAUCUCCAGUGGAAUAAUGGACUUCUUUGGGAGAGAGAGAGAGAGUGUGUGUGUGUGUGUGGGGGGGGGGCAUCAGACAAACGUGCACACUCUCUGGAGGGACAACGAAGGAGUUGAUCGGUGCCUCUCCAACACGAUAACUGACUUUGGAGCUGCGAUACUCGUUUGUCUCGUGGCUCUUUUUAAGGAAGAUGACCGGGAGUUCAACAAAGGAAGGUGUCAUGGAUUGCACCUCCCUAAGCCUUUAUCCUGUUGAGCUGCGGCCGCCGACAGUCUGACUAUGGGACGCCGCGUGUCAUUUUCUUUCAUCGCGCAUUCAAAUGACUUAAUUGUCGAUGUGUUAGUCGUUAUACAUACACAAAUGUGUGCAAGCUUGAAUUAAUCGUGGAAGAAAGGAGAGCACACUUUGCAAAGAAUGCCUUGAAGCUGUGGUUGAGUUCUUUGGAGUUAAACUGUAAGUUAAGUGGAAGCUCGAAGGUGAGGCCCCAUCCAGGAAGGGAGAUCCUCGUCUUAAGUCUUUUUUAUUUUUUAUUUUCGGGAAAAUCGGAGGCCAGAAAUACAACAAAAAAAAUCUUUUAAUGUUUUUUGUUUUAGAGAUCCUGUUUUGUCUGCCCUAACAUGUGUUAUCUGCACUGCCGUGUGACCCAUGAGCACAGGUACAGAAGUGCCCAAUUCAAAUGAAAGCUACGCCCCUUCAUUGCAAUGUUUAUUACAGGUGUGCUAAAGAUUUAAAAAUCAGGUCCGUUAAAGGCCAAAUCGUUUAAUUUUACAGCUUUUCAUAUAUUUCAUGCCGAUCAUUAUGAUGUCACUGAAGAGUAUUCUCAGAUUCAUAUAUAAUUUAUAUAUAUAUGUAUCUUCUAAUAUAUGAAUCCUUGAGUUGAGGCAUUAACAGAGGUUUGAGGCAUUUCUACCAAUAAGGUCUUCUGCGCUUUGUGCUACUUGUUCAGCAGCAAGACUCAGGAUGUCCAUACACGUUAUUUUCUUUGGGUUUUUUUUUCCUGUAAAAACCGUUAAAAUCCGAUUGUCAGGAACAUGUUUCAUUCUACGACUGAUUUGAAAAAAGAAACACUACCUUCAUUUUUUUCUUUAUUUUCCUUGGCAUUUGGUCUGUUUUCUGGCAUUGUUUUCCUUGCAUGUUUACUGGUGGGACUGAAUGGGUCAGAGGUCACAGUUCAUCGCCAUACAAAGAUAACGGUCACACAACAACAAUACUUGCAAUACUAAUCUAGGUUCCCCCGACUAGCCACUUUGUCAAACCGUGUUGAAAUGUGAAGAUUAGUUGUACUAUUAUGUUUUUGCUGUUAACAUUUGCAAACCAGUGUGCAAUAACACCGUGUGAUCCAUGCAACGUGUGAUGAAGUGGGUUAUAUGGAGCUACAAAAAUCAUCAUCCAAGAUGCUGGUGGGGUUUGUUAAACAAUGUUUAGGAUGCGUUUUCAGUUUGUUGGAAGUCAAUUUAGUUAAUGAGCUCACGUUGAAAGAUCUAAUUAAGUCGAGGGAGCCCACUUUUGCUAACUGCUAUCUGGCCAGCUGUGACAUCGCUUUCAUCACCAAAUCAGGAUCGGUUCAUUCAACAGAACGAAGGGACGGUCCAGGUUCCGUUUCUCUAGAAGUUAUGAUUUGGUUAAUGUGUGGAUUAAUAGCACUUUAUGUAAACUAAUUGCUUUUAUCUUUUAAUUACUAGAAAGAAAGAUCUAUAUGUACUGAUGAGAAAUACUCCUUAAAAGAAUGGCUCUGGGCUGUUACUCUUCAGAAAAAUAAAUAAAAAGUUGAUAAAUACAGAAUUAUUAAAUGUAACUCAGGUAGUGUUGAUAAAGCCAUGACUGUUUAAUUUUUUUUUUUUUUUGCCAAACGGCCCCCUGUCAUGUAAUGUUCUCAAAUUGGAAAUGACUUGGAGUCCUAUUAUAUAGAGUCUCAUAUAAUGUUGUGACAGAACACCAAAUACUUUUGAGGAAAAACCGUCGUGGCAUGCGAGGUGCUCGUCGGUCAUGUUGGGCUCUAAAAUGUUCCUGUUUUAUUUCCCCCUUUUUUAAAAGAGGAACAGAAAGAAAUGGCACAUUGCUCCAUGCGCUGUUUUUCUGUCUCUAGACUGUAAUCUUGCAAUCUUCGACGGUUGGUUUUCUCUCCCGUGCAGUGAAGUCCCUCUUGAUUUGUUCGUGCUGAACGUGACGUUUCAUUUGGGGAGCUCCAAUCUGGGCACAAGCGCUCGAUUCCGUCUCCACUGAUCGGGCUGCAGCUCGUCCUCGUGUGCAGAGGGAAAAGUGGGAACCGCCGCCAGUUGUCUUGACAUUUAACUUCCACGUCUUAUCUCAGUCGGCUCGCUGGUAUUUAAAAAGGUUUCUCUUUUUUUGUUGUUGUUGCUUCCAUUGUGCGCCGCAAGUUGGACGAGUGUAUCAACAGACGCUGCCCUCUGAAUAAGAACAAUCGUGUGGGUCCGGUGUGGGACGGAGCGAGGAGAUGUUUGCCCUUUUAGCAUUUAGACGUGUGCUUUUCUGUGCUUGUUGAAGUAGAUGUUUUAUUUUAUCUGGCAUUACGUUACACAAAACUCACAAGUUCAUUUCUUAUUGCCCAUAACCCACAGACAAAAAGUGACAUAAUCAGGUUCCCAUAUGGUCAACGCCAAAUAGUCCAGACUGACGGCGAGAUCUGCGGACAGCGAUGCAUCUAUAGCUUCUACAUGUAAAACAGGGUGGUCAAAACGAGUCGUGUGUGAUGUUAAUGCAGUCUUACAGCUUUUGUCUUUUUGUUGCUUUUUUAGAGGAUGGUCCUCGACAGGGAAAUGUGCUAAUCUCCCAUCCUCCCACCCCGAGGCUCCUCUUUUUAAAUUUUUUUUUUUUAAGCAUUUAAUACAACAAAAAGGCUAUGUUGAAUAUGCAUUUAUGAAGAUAGAACUAUUAUUUAGUGUUGUAGCCUGCAAACCAAAAACAGGUUCUUGAAGCUGAGUAGAUGGUUAAUCAGUAGUG